AUGUAUUUUUCCUGUACUUAUAUGUUCCUAUUUUUACAUAGUUCUGUUGACAUUAUACUACACUGUUCAGGGUCUGGGUUUACCCAAGCUGCUGUUUGGAUGUUUUAAACCAAUCAGCGUGGAACCUUUCUACCAUGUGAUCAUUGUUCUUUGUUCUACUAGAAGGAGAAGCCACGCAAAAUUUUGCUACGAAAAUUAUUGUUAUUAUUUACUACCUACGAGGAUUUUCAUCGCAAUUUUUCUAUGUGUACAAUGUGAUGUGCGUAUGCAUUGAACUUUGCUCUGAGAUUGGACGUUUUUGCUUGUUUUAGCUUGAACAGUGAGUUGUUUACUUUACACUUUUAUUGUGACUGACACAGCGUCACGCCGUGCUUGCGUGACCGGUCUUGUAUUUAGGUCACGGAGAUGAGCCACAACAUAGACAGCCCGGAUUUUCUCCAUUGUUGUUUAUUUGGACAUUCGUUUAUGACCCGGUUGCAACGCUACAUGGACUCGAGCCGGAAUUUGAGUAAUUUGAACCUAGAUCAAGGACAGUUUCGUGUGGUAGUGCGUGCCCGUGGGGGUUUACGAAUCGACCAUGUACCCCGCUCACCGAAUAUGUUGUAUUUUACAAACAUUCCACACGUCUGUUUUAUUCAGUUGGGGGAAAAUGACAUAGCCCGUGGGACUGUGGAGCAGAUCUCUCGGGAUCUUAUCUCUCUGGCAUCCUACAUGCACCUCGGGAUAGGAAUCAAAACUGUCAUCAUUGGACAACUCUUCCGGCGUCAGCCAUGGGCGUCAUCAGCGGACUUCAAUUUCAACACAAAAGUCGUGUCUAUAAACUUGAGGUUAAAAGAGCGCUGUAUGCGAGAAGAAGAGAUAUAUUUCUGGCACCAUAGGGGUUUUUGGAGGGACCUAACCUUCUUGUCCAGAGACGGUGUCCAUUUGAAUGACCGAUCACCAAAUAGUCAUGUUGUGACCUCAUCUCCGAUGCACAAAUUUUGGAGGAGUGUCCGCUCAGCAAUACUUCAUUAUAGACAUACUUAUACCUCACACUUCAGGCCAGUAUAAAUGUGGUAUUAUAAUUCAAAUUUGCAUGUCUGACCUAUUAUGUAGUCGUACCUGACACUGAUCGACGGUAUAUUAAUCCUUUCAAGUAGACCUAGUACACAAAUUAAUUUCACUGAGCACGGGACCAUACGUGCUCAGGAUGUUGCAUCAUUUCAUAUAUAUUAUGCUUACUAAACACGUGACUAUAUGUGUUUAGGAUGUCGCACCAUUUCAUUUAUGGUACAUUUAUGCUUAUUAAACACGGGACCUUACGUGUUUAGGAUGUUGCACCAUUUCAUUUAUGGUACAUAGUAUGCUUACUGAGCACGGGACCAUACGUGUUUAGAAUGUGGCAUCAAUUCCUGUUAUGCUUACUAAACACGGGACCAUACGUGUUUUAGAAUGUUGCAUCACCUCAUAUUGAAUAUGAUAUUGGUAUUCCAAUGAGUACGGGACCAUACGUGCUUGGGAAGUGGAAUCAUUUCAUGUACGAAUUGGUUUGUCAAACACAGGACCAUAUGUGUUUAUGAAAUGGCAUCUUGUCAUCUACUUGUACCAUGUUGCUCUGAGCAUAGCAAUUUAUGAGUUUAUGUAUUACAUGGCUUUGUAUUGGACAGCAUGAGACAUGCUGCUCAUAUGCUCUAAAUAUUAGGUCAGACUUGCAUUACACCUUUUUAUAUUGUCUCUUCCGUCUGCCAAUACAGAUAUAUGCAAGCUUACUUUGGCUUCUCCUUUGAAUUAAAGCGUUUACUGGGCAGUGAUAUGCAGGAGACUGGCAUAUCAUUAUUGUUUACAAUGCGCUAGCUAAUUGCGUGAUGUUAAUGGCAUUUGAUCAGUUUGCCUUUUAUUGAUUUAAAGAGUAUCUUGUGUAUCUCAUUAUGCCUUCAUAAAGACAAAAUUUUAUGGCUAUCUGUAUAGUCUUUUCACAGAUUUCUUUUCUCCACAGCUUGGGUUACUACAUGACUUAACUAAUGCUCAGUAGUAUGUUUCCUAGGUCUCAGGGAUGCCACCAAAACGACCCAAGAGAACCGGUUCGGUUAUCACGUCAAAGAAAGCAAGGAGAACAUCCCGAUCAAGUUCUGCGACCGCUACAGAAGCAGCCGAGCAUGUCAAUGAUGGGUCCAACACAGCUACAGGUACCUCAGGUUCUCCAUCCCAGGACCAGGCGAUUGAUUAUGACAGACUGGCAAGUGCAAUUUUAAGACAAUCUUCGCCUCAUUCCGCAUUGGACCAAUUUCCUAAUACCCUUGCCAGUGGGGAAAAUACGACUCCCUCAUCAGCAGCGGAAAUCUCUUCUCCGGCUGUGACUCCUCAGAUUGCAGGACUGCAAGCACCUAGUACCACCACUAGCAUUGGCACCUUGGUAGACCAAGUCUUUUUAGGAAGCAUUCACAAUAGCUCCACAUCUGAAUCAACAGCAGACACAAGUGCCAAAAGACCUUUUGAGCAUAUGAGUCCAACCUGUAGGAAGUUAUUGGCUGCUGCCCUAUCUACAUCGACAGUUGUUGCAUACCGCCGCAGCUGGCAACUGCUCCUAUCUUGGAAAACUGAUAUAACCUUUCCCAUUUCAGUUACUGAUAUAUGCAAUUUCAUUGGCUAUUUGUUUUCCAGCAACUAUUCCUCUAGUAGUAUAGCUUCACACAUAUCAGCUGUUAGUUACGUCCACAAAGUACUGAAUGUCACUGACCCUACUCAGGCCUUUGUGACCAAAAAGAUUAUCAAGGGUUGCCAGGCAUUGGGUCCAACAAAAGAUACUCGUCUCCCUAUUACUGCUGACAUUCUACAGCAGUUGUUAAAUGCCCUAAAUCACACUGUAACCCAGUAUUCUCUUAGGAUUAUGCUACGUGCACUUUUCCUGCUAGCUUUUCAUGCCUUCUUGAGACUUGGGGAGAUUACAGCUAAAUCGGUCAAAUCCAGUAAACAUCUUUUACAACGCCCGGACAUAAGCUUCGAAUAUCAGGGUACUACUUUGUCAGGGGUUCAAUGAAUCAUGAGGGAGUACAAGACUAACAAGCAUCAUACUCCUUUAGUUAUUUCCCUUCAGUCGGCUACCGAUUCAGCUUAUUGUCCAGUCCAAGCCUUGUUCACCUACCUGCAGUUCUUCAAUCACAGGGUAGGUCCUCUAUUCCAAACUAUGGAUGGCUUACCUGUCACAUAUUCAAAAGUUACUUCAUACCUGAAAACCGCUAUCCAGUUCAUUGGCCUUGACCCAAACAAUUUCAAGGGACAUAGUUUUAGGAUUGGCGCUGCCACACAUGCUGCCUCUUUAGGUUACUCGCAAAACAUUAUUCAAAAACUAGGCAGGUGGAAUUCCGAUGCAUUCCGUCGGUACAUUCGCAUACAUUCCUUCAGGAUUUAAGUAUAUAUCUCAACUAGACAUACAUGUAUUCAAUACGAGACAAGGCUGUCUGCGGUUCAUGUACUCUCCCCUACAUAAAAACACGCCGGUUAUCGCAUGUUUCAUACAGUUUAGAAGUAGUCUACUGUAGGCACAUGCCUCUGUUGUCAAAUACUGUGCAGAAGUAGUCUGCGGUAUAAGGUCAAUUCCCGUAGUUUUCAAAUACUGUGCAGAAGUAGUCUGUGGUAUAAGGUCAAUCCCCCAGUUUAUUCUAUGCCUAGUUUCUUGCAUGACACCUCAAUACUGGUCAGAAGUAGUCUGCUGUACAUGUAUUUAUGUCCUUAUCAUAAGUUAUCUCCAUCCCAAGUCGCGCUCAUCACCCGGCAUGACAGAAGCGGUCUGUUGCCUCAAUGCCUUUCGUCAAGACUUUUUUCCUCCAGAGGGGUUUAAUUUAGGAUUUUGUUAAUAAUUUUUCUUAUUUUAGUCGUUUGCCCUGCUGGUUGUCGUGUUGUAUCCUAAGUGAUAUUUGGGACACUGUCGUGAUAAUUUUGUUUUCUUUUGUGAUGUACAUAGUGUUUUUACUGUUUAGGUUGAUAACACAUUUAUAUCUAUAUAGUUUUUCUUUUGUACAUAGAUGCUUACUUUUCAACUGAGAAGUUCUUUUUUCAUUUUGCCAAGUCGCCUUUGGGUGGGUGGAUCCAAUAUGCUAUUGGAUUUGUGGCCUGUAGUUUUUACAUUACCCACCUUUUUUGUGGACAGGCAGGUUGUGUUGUUUAGAUAACAGAUUAGUUGAUUCUCAUAUAAUUUUAUGUGAUGUUUGUUGGGGGUCAUGUUUUUGGCCCCCAUAUAUCUUUAUGUUAGAUUUUGCUGGGGGUCAGAUUGCAUAAUACUUAUCCAAAGACGUUUACCAAUGUUUUCUAGUCUUUUCUGACCCCCAUUAUUUUGUCAAGUUUCAUUUUCGUCAUUUUAUUAAUAAAUGACAUUUUUUCAAUUCAACACUGUGUUACUGGUUCUGCCUGUCAUGCCAAAAAACAAGCCUAGUCUACUUGGCAAGGUUAAGCUGAGGCUAACGGAACAUAAAUAAGUUAUUAUUUAAUACGAAGUGAAAUAAUAACUUUUAUGUGACAUGUCCAUGUAUUUUUCAUGUACUUAUAUGUUCCUAUUUUUACAUAGUUCUGUUGACAUUAUACUACACUGUUCAGGGUCUGGGUUUACCCAAGCUGCUGUUUGGAUGUUUUAAACCAAUCAGCGUGGAACCUUUCUACCAUGUGAUCAUUGUUCUUUGUUCUACUAGAAGGAGAAGCCACACAAAAUUUUGCUACGAAAAUUAUUGUUACCCACCAUCCAACCCCAGUACUACCUCCUUUGUAAUUGUUUUCUGCCUGUAUUGUUCCAUUACCCACCUGCCUGUAGUUUUUACAUUACCCACCUUUUUGUGGACAGGCAGGUUGUGUUGUUUAGAUAACAGAUUAGUUGAUUUUCAUAUAAUUUUAUGUGAUGUUUGUUGGGGGUCAUGUUAUUGGCCCCCAUAUAUCUUUAUGUUAGAUUUUGCUGGGGGUCAGAUUGCAUAAUACUUAUCCAAAGACGUUUACCAAUGUUUUCUAGUCUUUUCUGACCCCCAUUAUUUUGUCAAGUUUCUGGACAGGCAGGUUGUGUUGUUUAGAUAACAGAUUAGUUGAUUCUCAUAUAAUAUUAUGUGAUGUUUGUUGGGGGUCAUGUUUUUGGCCCCCAUAUAUCUUUAUGUUAGAUUUUGCUGGGGGUCAGAUUGCAUAAUACUUAUCCAAAGACGUUUACCAAUGUUUUCUAGUCUUUUCUGACCCCCAUUAUUUUGUCAAGUUUCAUUUUCGUCAUUUUAUUAAUAAAUGACAUUUUUUCAAUUCAA